AUGAGGCCAUUCCUGGGAGUCCGCCUCCUCAAGGCUCUGCAGACUUCCCAGUGGUCCUUCUGCUCUUUCCAUCUCCGGUGCAGAGGCCUGGCUCCUCAGAAGAUCUUUUCUGCCUUUGAAGCCAUGAGUCUGGGACAGCAGGAGAUACCGGAGUAUUUUAACUUUGCCCAUGACGUAUUGGAUGUCUGGUGCCAAAUAGAGAAGAAUGGGAAACGCCCUCCAAACCCCGCUUUCUGGUGGAUCAAUGGCCAAGGAGAGGAGGUGAAGUGGAGUUUUGAAGAGUUGGGGACUCUGUCCAGGAAAGCAGCUAAUGUCCUCAUGGAAGCAAGUGGUUUAGAGAGGGGAGACCAAGUGCUGGUAGUUCUUCCACGCAUUCCUGAAUGGUGGCUGGUGAAUGUGGCUUGUAUGCGAACAGGGGUGGUCUUCAUCCCAGGCACAACCCAGCUGACUGCCGGAGACAUUGCUUACAGGCUGCAGGCAUCACAGGCCAAAGCCAUAGUCACCAGCGACCCCCUUGCUGCCCAAGUCGAUGCUGUGGGUGCCGAAUGCCCUGCCCUGAAAACCAAGCUUCUGGUGUCUGACAACUGCCGGCCGGGAUGGCUGAAUUUCAGGAAGCUGUUUACAGUGGCAUCUACCGAGCCCAAAAUGUGAAGACCAAGAAUCAAGACCUAACAACCAUCUACUUCACCAGUGGCAGCACCAGAGCCCCC